CAUGAUUGUUAAAAUGGUAGAUGUCGUCGGAGAUAUGAGUAGUUUAAAUUGUCAUCCAUUCAAUAACUGUUGACAUGAAUAAGUUCACAGCGAAGGAAAAUGGUUAACUUUUCAUUACGCAGUGUUUAUGGUAUUGCCUUGUUAUUGAUAUAUAUAAAGAUAAAUUUGUCAGUAAAAGUAAACCCACAGUGUAAUGGCACCUUCAUUGAGAAUUGUACAAGUUGUGAACCUGGAACUUAUGCAAAUGAAAGUGGUGUUGAUUGUUUCUGUUGCCAAGUGUUUGGUCAGUGUAAAGUAGAUAGUUUAUGUGUCCCUUGUGCUAGAGGAUAUUACAACCCAACAUGGCAAAAAACAUAUUGUGUACCAUGUGAAAAGGGACAUUAUGCUAACGUAACAGGAAAACAAGAAUGUGAUGGUUGUGAGGCUGGUUACUUUGCCAAUAAAAAUGGGUCAAUUGAGUGUCAACCAUGUGCAGAGGGAGAAUUUCAAAAUAUAACAAAACAAUCCUCAUGUAAUAAAUGUGAUCCAGGCUGGUACCAGAACAAAACUGGUCAGGAAGAAUGCCUGAAAUGUGAUACAGGUCAUUUUAGUGUUCAUCCAGCAAGUACAGGAUGCACUGCUUGUACUGAGGGAGAAUAUCAAAAUAUAACUGGUCAGACAGAUUGUUUGAAAUGUUCCCCAGGAUAUUUUCAGGAUCAAAAAGCACAGGCAGAAUGUUUAAUGUGUAAAACUGGAACUUUUAGCAAAGGAGAAGGCAGUCCAAAAUGUGAUGAAUGUCCGAAGGGACACUAUCAAAAUGCUACAGGACAAGCUGUAUGUGAUAUGUGUAAUCCUGGACAUUUUCAGAAUGUCACAGGAAAAUCAUUAUGUGAGCCUUGUCCAGUAGCUCACUACUGCAAAGCUAGUGGUUCUGAAGGCUGUCUUUUAUGCCCUGCAGGAACAUAUGGUAACACCACAGGAUUAGUAGACUGUUUAGCUUGCUUACCAGGAUCUUACUCCGCAUUAGGAUUAACACAUUGUAUAGAGUGCCAAAAUGGACACUAUCAGGAUAAGAAAAAUCAGAGUUCUUGUGUAACAUGUAAUUCAGGAACAGUAUGCAAUAAAACAGGUUGUACUACUUGUGAUCCUUGUCCAGAAGGAGAAGAAGCUGAUGGAAAAGGCUUAUCAGAAUGUGCAAAAUGUCAGCCAGGAACAUACAAGACUGCUGCUGGUCCAUCAUUAUGUCAGGAAUGUCCUGAUGGUACCUACAAUACAAACAGCGGAUCUCAAUCUAAACAGGACUGCUUGUUAUGUCCAGAGGAUAAAUUCUGUCCAUCGUCUGGCGAUAACCCUCAGCCUUGUCCAGCAAGUGCCUAUUGUCCAGCAGGGUCUAGUGAUCCAGAAUUUUGUAAUACUUUACUUAAACCAAAUAAAAUAAAGAUGAAUUGUGAAGUCACACCAUCAUUUAUUGUUGUUAUGUCUGUGAUUGGGCUAGUUGUAUUGGUAGUUGGGGUAUUUGUAACAUAUAGAAUCAGACGUUAUUACAAACUUCGAGCAGGUCAACCUGACAGGGAACCACUUACUAAAUCAGGAACACAUGUAUACACUGGCUUGUGAUAUUUGGAGAGAACCAGUAAUUGUGUAUCAACCAUACUUGAUUUUAUGCUUUGAAGAAUAUAUUGUAUUUAUUAAAAUACAUACAGAUGUCAAUCUUUUGAAUGAUGUUCAACUUGCUGGUUUACUUAGGAAUUAUUACAGACACACAGGGUAUUGUUUUUUGUUUAGGUAUAUUCUAAAAUUUAUAUAUAGAAUAAAUCUGAAAAUUAUUAAAAAGGAGACUAAUUUGAUGGUUUUUUUCUAUAGAAAACUUAUUAAGGUAUCCCACAUCCCUAAAAUUAAAAUAUUUCAAUUCUGAAUAAUGGAAGGAGGGAUUAUUACUUGAAUAAAACAAAUCCCUAAAUGAGACAUUAUGUUGAAAUGACAGGUGAUUACUUCUCAGGAUUAUUUAAAUUACUCAUAUUGAUAUAUAGUUUGUUUGGAAUAAGUAUCUUGUACAGACUUAGUACUCAUUUUUGUAUCCUCAUAAAGUUUUACUCUUUUAAAUGUUUUUCAAUAUCUUACAAUUCUAUGAAAGAAGAGUUUGUUCUUUAAUUCUAUAUUGCUAAAGAAAUCAUGAAAACAAUUACAUUUUACUAAUUUGUUGACACAUGAAUUUCUUGUUUCCUGAAAAGUUUUUUGUUCGAAUAUUAAACUAAAUUAAACCAAAUGUACAUUCCAAUAUAUUUAAUAAUCAUGAGAGAUAUACAUAUAAUGAAUAGCAAAAAAAAUCAUAACCAAAUAAAUGUGAUAUUUUAGUGGUAUGUUAGAUCAUUACUUACCAGUAAACAGUAUAAUUACAUGUAGAAUGUCAUAGUCAUUGUUUAUUUAAAAUUAUAUAUUGAAACAGUGACAUGCUACAAAAUAACUUUCAUUUCAAGAUGUUACAUGUCUGUGUCGUAUACCUGUUUUUGAAAUACAAUUUAUUUUUUGGGGGAGAAAUUAAUAAAAUUAUAUACGCUUUUUAGUCCCCUACCGACGAAGUCGAAGGGGACUUAAGGUUUGCACUCCGUCUGUCUCUCUAUCUGUCCAUCCGUCAGUCCAGCAAAUCAGUUUUCCGCAUUUUUUUUCUUCGUCCUUGAAGAUAUUGAUUUGAUAUUUGUUAUAUUGUUUUAUCUUGACAAGUUACAGAUCAAGUUCAAAUUUUGUUCUGGUCUGAUGAUUUUGUGGAGAGUUAUGGUCCUUGGACUUAGAAAAUUCACUUAAAUAAUCAGUUUUCCACACUUUUUUUCGUCAUGCUUGAAGAUAUUGACUUGAUAUUUGUUAUAUAGUUUACACCAUGACAAUUUAUAGAUCAAGUUAGCAUUUUGUUCCAGUACAAUGAAUUUUUAACCGGUAGGGGACUAUGUAUUGCCAUGCAAUACUCUUAGAAUGCUUGUUUAUUUUACAUUCAAUUUCAUUUUGAGAAAUUUUAGAGAGGACUUUAUUUAUGGUUGUAUUAAUUUGUAAGGUGGUAUAAAUCUUAACUGCAAACAUGUUGUUGUUUUCCAAAUGUGUAGGCGGUAUCACAACAACAAAUGAAUGCAAAAGACAAGUAAAAUAGUAAUAAAGUGCCAAAUUCUAUCACUAAAUCUACAUUAGGCUUUACUUGACGAUUCUGCAACAGCAGAUACAUUUUAGCAUUUUCUGAAAAACUAGUUGCUUCAAAGUUAUAGUAGCUGCUGUAUUAACUUUGAAAAGGAGUAGGCCUGGUAAGACCCCUUUUUGGCCCCAAAAUAUAGCAUUUUUACAAUUUGUUUAAAAUGUAAACUUUUAGCUAUUUAUUGGAAAGUAGAAUACUUCAGUUACAUAAAAAGGGGCUGUUUUUGACAAUAUUAUGCACAUGCAUCAGAUACCAGCAUCAGUAAUUCAUGUAAAAUUACUGAAAUCUUCACAAUUUUACCAUUUGUGCUAAUUUUUAGACGUUUUUUGUCUAAAAUGGAAGUGGCAGCACUUUUGUUCAGUCAUAUUUGCUAGAUUUUUCAUAUUGAAGGUUGAAUUUGAGCAUCUUUAAUGACCAAAUCAGUUCAAAUCUUUUUCAUAACCUAAUUGAAUGAAGUAGACACUUAAGUGUUUAAAAAAUGUCAAAAAUCUUUCAUUAGAAGUACUUAAAAUUUUAGGCCAAAAUUAGUACUUACCAGUCCUCCUUCUUCUUUGAUUUUAUAGCAUUAAACUUCUUGUCUUUUGCAAUUGUAUUGAACAGUACAAAUUAUAAAUCCACAAUCCUUGAAAUUAUAGGAAAUUUGCUAUUCAUGACAAUUUAUCCAUAAUGACUUGCCUUUAACUUGUAGCAUAUUGAUUAGAUAUAUAAAAUGUUCAGAUUUAUUCAUUGUUCUGAUGUAUAAAAUGUUCAGAUUUAUUCAUCGUUCUGAUAUAUAAAAUGUUCAGAUUUACAUUCCUAUGUUAAAUGACUAUUUAACCUCAAGUUAUUAUAUACUAUUUCAAGAAAUGUACUAAUUUUUGAAAUUUUUUGUAAAAUAUUAAAUCUUAUUGUCAUAUUAUUAUUUAUUAAUGUAAAUGAGAUUAUAAUGUAUAUAUAAAAGUCUUACGAUUUGCACAACGAUACUAAUAUAAGAUAGUGAUAUACGAUGAGAAUGUUAUAAAAUCUUAUUGACAAAUAUUUUGACUCAAUAAAUAGCCAUUUUCUGUUUCAAAAUUACGGCUCUUUAUUCAGCAGAAAUAUUUGUCAACCCAAUUAAAUAUGCGCAAUUCAUAAGACUUUAUAAUUUUGUUCCUUAUCUGCGCAGUAUUGCCUACUCUAGACAAUCUGGUUCAUAUUACAUGUAAAUGUGCUGGUUGGUCUUUUUUAUAGACAUAUAUAUAUAUAUGAGGAUGAUAUAAGAUUAAUUUGAAUGUGGGUACUAAAUAAGUUGGGAAUCUUUAAGGAAUGACAAUUAAAAUUCUGUAUAUCUGGAUAUUUUCUCUGUUUGUCAUGGACUUUUCCUGUGGAAUUCCAUUUAAAUGCAUUAUUCAUUGCAAUUAAAUGUGAAUAAUGAACAUAUUUAAGAACUGCCCCUUCUCAGACCCAAACCGCAAACAAAACCUGACCCAAAAAUAACACGAUAUAUAGUAAAUGAAUUUAUCUCAAUAAGUCAGGCAUGUGAUGAAUCCUUUAAAUUAAGGAUGAUCUCUUUGAAAUUUGGCAUUUUAAGAUAAUGCAGCUUGUUAGAGUCCAUUUAAGGGGUAAAAUGUUGUGGUAAAAUUAUUUUUUGAUUGAUGUGCAUCUAUUUAAUGAUAAAAAUAACAUAAUGUUUGAAAUUAUUGCUUUUGUUCAUGUACUAUGUAUAUAAUAUAUUUAUUUAUGCAACAAUAUUGUAAUACAUAAUUAUUUUGAUAUAUUUGUGCAAUAAUUUAUUUUUUCAUUGAUUUAAAUGAAUUGAUUCUUUUUUUUUUUGUAUCCUUUAUACUUUUUAUAGUGAGAACUAUCAUUCAAUAUUGAAAAUUUUUAACUCUGCUGAAAUUUUUUUUAUCCUAAAUAUUUUCAAAGACAAGUUUUCUUUUGAGGAAUCAGAUGUGUAUCAUAAGAAGUGUAUGGAUACAUAGGGUUUAAAAACAAGCAAGAAGGUGAAGUAAAUGUUCAAAUUAAAAUUUUCUUCAAUGUUGCUAUGAAGGAAAAUUUAAAUACCUGUUUAAGGCAUUUUUGCUAGUAAUAAAAAUUGUUUAAGGAAUGUAUAUUAUAGGUGACCACUGAAACAAAAAACAGAAUUUAGAUACAAAAUUUAUACUGAUAUUUGAGCAAACUUUGGUUUAAGAAUUCUCUACCCCAAUUUUCUAUAAGGUUCAGAUAUUUUUUUACUCACCUGUGACAAAGUCAUGACAUAGUGAUCCUACAUUUUCACAUUAAAUUAUGGAGCCUUAUCAAAAUUUUUAAUCUAUUGUCUGCAAAAUUAUAAAAUGUUAUAUAGCAAAGUCCAACAGUGUUUGAUGAGUUGGAGCUAUUUAAGUGUUAAGAAUCAAUAAUAAAUAGACCAAUAGUAAGACUUGUUUAGACUCCACUCUGAUUUCAUUUGCAAAGAGAAAAUAUAACUAACAACAAUAUAUAUUCUAGCACUAUUCUAAUAUUCUAUCAUGAGGCCUUCUGUUAAACAAAAGGUUGAGCAAACUUAAUACAAUACAUAACUAUUUUGAUGCAGAAGUAUUUUUAAACAUAUAUCUAUGCCAUUCAGUUCAGUGAGAAAUUUUAACAAUACAUGUUAUAUGUGGAUAUUCCCAUUAUUGAGGUAGUUAAAUGAUUAGCAUUGAAAAAAUCCAAACUUGGGACUUGCUUUUUAUUAUUUAAUGGCUACUUCAUUUCAUGUGAAAGAUGUCUAUAGGUUGCACUUUGUAAAUACAGCUGUUUCACAAACCAUGCUUCUUUUGGGGAGAUAUUUAGUAUUCAUAGAUAUUUUAUUUUGUUUACCUUCUAGUUCCCAGAUAUGAUCUCUAUGUUUCAUCUCAUAGAGACACAAAAAAUUGGGAAUUUUACUGGUAUAAAUACACAUGGAUAGCGGUCAAAUUGAAUUCUGAGGAAGACCCAAAGUGAAGGGAGGGAUUUUAGAAUAAGUUUAAACUCAUAAAAGUUCGCGGCACAUAAAUGUUGAAAAUAUGCUGCAUAACCCUAUGUGUUGACCUUUGAAAAAAAUAGCAAUGCAUAUGAACUUUCUAUUCUAGGAUAUAAAUUUUUACGAAACUUCAUAGUAAAAGUGGCACAUUUUUAGCUGUAAACAGAGUUCCUAUGGGAAAUUGCAUUGUCUUUAUUUACAGAAGUGCAGCUAUAGAUGUUUGUUAUAAGACAGUUAUAGGUUAUUGUUUGAAAGUGCAGUAUACGUCUAUCAUUAGAAUGUUGAGGUUUAAUUUCUUAAAUUUUACGCAAAAAUAGCGAAUACCGUACAAAGUGGAAUCAGUAAUGUUUGAUAAAACUUUUAUUUGUAAUUGAAUUUAAGACUGAAAUAACUUCAAUUAUCUCAUAAUAAACAUUUGAAUACAUAAGGUA